GGAAAGAAUUUAACUGCGCAAAAGUUCUGCGUGGUGACGGAUGUCCAAAGUCCAGAACUUUUCUCAACGCUCUGAGAUGGGGACGGCUUAAAAACACGCAACGCUUUCUUUUUUCUUCCUUUUUUUAUUAUUAAAAAAAGGAGCCGCGAUUCGGGGUUUUUUUUUUGCGCACAGGAACCAAAGUUUUUUUUUGGAGGAGCCGAAGCCAUGCAGGCGCGCUACUCCGUCUCCAGCCCGAACUCGCUGGGCGUCGUGCCGUACAUCAGCGGCGACCCGGGCUACUACCGAGCGGCGGCCGGCGGGGGAUACACAGGCAUGCCGGCGCCCAUGAACAUGUACACGCACGCCGCGCACGACCAGUACCCGGCCGGCAUGGCGCGUGCCUACGGACCGUACACCCCUCAGCCUCAGCCCAAAGACAUGGUGAAGCCUCCGUACAGCUACAUCGCGCUUAUCACCAUGGCCAUCCAGAACUCACCCGACAAAAAAGUGACCCUGAACGGGAUUUAUCAGUUCAUCAUGGAGCGGUUCCCUUUCUACCGGGACAACAAGCAAGGUUGGCAGAACAGCAUCCGCCACAACUUGUCUCUCAACGAGUGCUUUGUCAAAGUGCCGCGCGACGACAAGAAGCCCGGCAAGGGCAGCUAUUGGACCCUGGACCCGGACUCGUACAACAUGUUCGAGAACGGCAGCUUCCUGCGCAGGCGACGGCGCUUCAAGAAGAAGGACGUGCUCAAGGAAAAAGAGGACCGGCUGCAGAAGGACGCGCCGCCCCGACAGCAGCAGCAGCAGCAGUCCCGGGACCAGGAGCAGGCCGGCACGCAGCCCGUACGGAUCCAGGAUAUUAAGACGGAGAACGGCACCGUGACACCCCCGCAGGCCAACUCGCCGUCCUUGAGCGCCGUGCCCAAGAUCGAGAGUCCGGACAGCAGCAGCAUGUCCAGCGGGAGCCCGCACAGCAGCAUCCCGUCCAACCGCUCCAUGGUGCAGGGCAUGGAGGCCGCGGAGCAGCAGCAGCAGCACCAGCACCACCACCAUCACCACCAACACCACGGCCAGGCCUCGGCGCAGGGCUUCAGCGUGGACAAUAUCAUGACCUCCCUUCGGGGGUCCCCGCAAGGGGGCACCGAGCUGCCCCCCUCAAGGACAGCAGGUAUCGCCCCGUCGUUGUCGCUCAGCUACUCCCCGAGUCCGACCUCCGCGUACAGCUCCCCCUGUAACCAGAACUCCAUCUCCACUACCUCCAACGCCACCUACCAUUGCAACAUGCAGGCCAUGAGCUUGUACGCCGGGGAGCGGGCGAGCCACCUGGCCGCCCCCAGCACCACCGUGCAGGACGAGACGCUCCCAGACUACUCGGCCACCACCACCUCGGCCUCCCUGGGCCACGGCGGCCUCAACUCCGGCCAGGAGGGCCACCCGCACGCCCACCAGGGCAGGCUGACCUCAUGGUACCUCAACCAGGCCGGGGACCUGGGCCACCUGGGCGCCGCGUAUCCGGCGGCGGCGGCGGCGGCGGCCGCGCAGCAGCAGAACUUCCACUCGGUGCGGGAAAUGUUCGAGUCGCAGAGAAUUGGCUUGAAUAACUCGCCGGUGAACGGGAAUAACAGCUGCCAGAUGUCCUUCCCGCCCAGCCAGUCCAUCUAUCGCACUUCGGGAGCUUUUGUAUAUGACUGCAGCAAGUUCUGAUUCACCACCAAACAGCCCCCCCACAAUCCAGUCCCAAAGUCCCAUUCCCAUUCCAUUCUCACUAAAAUGGACUUAUAGGAGACAGAACACAAACAAACAAACAAAAAGACUUGAUGUUUCUAAACAGUGUUACCACAAAUAACACGUAAGUCGCUCUCUUUUUUUUUGUGCUUCAUAUGUUCAAAUGUCUUUUUUUCAUGGACGUGUAUCUUGCAUAUAGUAAUUUAUUUCCAAGCCGUAGCCAGGAUAUUAUGGACCAAACACACACACACACACACACACACACACACACACACACACACACACACACACACACACACACACACACACACACACACACACACACACACGCACGCAAAACAGUGUUUCCUAAACUGACUUAACCCCCUCUCCCAAAAAAAAAAAUUAAAAAAGUGUUCCAUUAUAUUAGUGACCGAAGGAACGUGUAUAUCGUCCUAUGCUAUUUGAAAGAUUCUUCACAUGUUGAUAAGUAUUUUUUUUUUGAAGGAUUUUGCUUGUUUGUUUAAUAAAUGUUCAUUUUAUGUGAGCUUAA